UAAAAAAUGGCCAUUAAAAGUACAUGUUGUACACCAAACCUAAUAAAAAACAUAUCGAUAUGCUGUGUUAUACUAAGUAUGUGGGGAUUCAUUCAAUUGAUGGCAAUGGGAUUAAUGUUUAAAUUUCAUUCAGUAAACCUUUUGUACGAUAUGAUCGAUGAUGUGGAUGUAACAGACGAGGAGGAGUUUUACAGAGAACUUAAUAUCUCUUACACAAAUUAUGCAACAAACUGCUUCGUAGUUGGAGUGCUGUAUUUCGUGACAUUCAUAAUAUCUUACGUUCUUUACCGGAAAACGUUGAAAAAAAUAAACAAAAAAAAGCACGAUUCGCAAUUCCAAAAUCAACAUUUACAACACCAACAAAAUCAACGUCAAUCAACAGGAUCCGCGUUCCACGAAUGGCGUGAACAUAAAAGUCAUAGAAAAAAAAGUGUUCCUUAGGAAUAUGUUUUGGGUCCCAUUCGACGUCUUAAACUUAAUUAUAGGACCUGCUGUGAUAAUGUGUUACGUCUUUCUACUAUUGAGUUUCUAGAACUACUAAAGGUCUUAAUUAAGCAGAAAUAAUUAUUGAAUGCUUUCUGGAUUCGUCUUGAAAUCGCUGAAUUAAAGUGUAAAAUAGAUUGUAAAGUUAUUUAUCUGGCGCCUUGCUCGGAAUUGUCUAUCGAAUUGCAAAGAGAGCUGGGAAAUAGCCAGAGUAUACUCAUACACUCAUACACUGCGGUGCACAGUGGCUAGAUGUUUUGGUUUGUAGAUAAUAAAGAUGAUAAAUAUACAUUUUAA